AUGCCGUUAUCCGCGCUGGCGUCAACCGCGCUGAGAGCUCGCUUCCCCUUUUUCUUAUCUCCUCUUCCUCCUUCCCAUCCGCUCCGCUUCUUCGCAUCCCCUUCCCUUCUUCCCAUCCCUUCCCCUUCUUCCCAUCCACUCCCCUUCUUCUCAUCCCCCCUUAUUCUUCCCAUCCCAUCCCCUCCCCUUCUUCCCACCCCCUCUUAUUCUUCCCAUCUCCCCUUCUUCCAAUCUCCUCCCCUUCUUCCCAUCCCCUCCCCUUCUUCCCAUCCCAUCCCUCCCGUUAUUCCGUUCCCCUCUCCUUCUUCCCAUCCCUUCCCCUCCUUCUCAUCCCCUCCCCUUCUUCCAUUCCUCUCCCCUUCUCCCCAUCCCUUGCCCUCCUCCCCAUCCUCCCCCUUCCUCCCACCUUCUCCCCUUCGUCCCAUCCCCUUUCCCGACUCCAAUCUCCCAGUGUACACCAUCCGCACACCUGAUCACCCCUUUCUUUCCUUCCCCAUCGUUCUCCACCUCCUCGCUUGCCGCCUAUCGUCCACCCCUUCUCGCACCCGCCACUGCACGUAUUUCAUCAGUCUAUCUCCACUCCCCAACGCCUGCUGGCACGCUGUCUUCUCUGCACUCUCCUGCACCCCCCUCUCUCCCCUGCGACUCCUGAUGUUCGCCUUGCGUUCCCCAGUCCCUCCCCUUGCACCCCACCAAUCUCUCCCCCCUGUGCGCUCACCGAUCCCUCCCCGUGUCACAGCCGCCAACGUGCGCACGUACAGCCAGCAGUAUGAGGAGGAGCAAACACAGUCCCUCAUAGACCAGCGCAUUUGGGACCAUCUGGGUUCCAUCCCCAUCGGCUCUCGCCUCCCCAUCGGCUCCGGCCUCCCCAUCGGCUCUCGCCUUCACAUCGGCUCUUCCUCUCCCCUCUUCUCUAUCUCCCCACCCCUGUUUCCUCCUAAAUUUUCCUCCCCUUCCACUCAGUAUGAGGAGGAGCAAACGCAAUCCCUCAUAGACCAGCGAAUCCGCGACCACCUCGGCUCCGUCCCCAUCGGCUCCGGCCUUCCCAUCGGCGCCGCCGCCGCAGCAGCAGCAGCCGGAGGCGGGGCCGCCCCCGGAGGGUUCCCGCAGCAGCUGCUGCGGCCAGGCAUGCCCCCCAUGGGCCUCCCUGGCAUGCCGGGUAUGCCGGGGAUGCCGUUUGGCAUGCCGGGUGGUGCAGGGCGGGGGGCGGUGCUGCCGCUGCCGGGGCAGUUCUUUGGUGCGUCGGGCAUGCGGCCGCCCAUGGGUGGCAUGGUGCUCAUGCGCCCCUCCAGAUGA